AUGCUCAGGAGAAGGAAGACCAGUGCCUCGGAACCCAAGAAGGAUCUUUCAGCUCAUGGAGGAGCUCUGUCCAUGUCACAAAACACGCGCUCUUUUUUCACCUUCUCUCAGCUGGUGCUUUCUGCUGGCCACCUCAAACCACCACCAGUGCUCAAACAUUCAAAAAUCACUUACUUUGAAGUGGAGAUCCUUGAUGUGCAAAGCAAGAAGCAGAUCUGCAUUGUGGACAAGAUACCUCCAUCAUCUACCCUCCUAGAUGUGAAACACAAAUUUCACAAAGCCUGUCCCCAGUGGUACCCUUCCCGUGUUGGCCUGCAACUGGAACGCAAUGGGCCCUAUUUGAAGGAUUCUGUUAACAUUCAAAGCCUUGCAGCGUCCUCCAUCAUUACACUGUACUUUACAGACCUGGGUCAGCAGGUCGGUUGGACCACAUUUUUUCUAACAGAAUACACCGGGCCUCUACUAAUAUACCUGCUUUUUUACAUUCGUCUCUCAACUAUUUAUGAUCGAGUGGAAACUACGAAGAACUUCCGCCACCCAGUGGUGCACUUGGCUUGCUUCUGCCAUUGUUUGCACUACAUCAGACAUCUUCUGGAAACGUUAUUUGUUCACAAGUUUUCUGGAGGGCACACUCCUCUGAAAAAUAUGAUAAAGGGCUGUGUCUUUUACUGGGGUUUCACUUCUUGGAUUGCAUAUUACAUCAACCAUCCCCGAUAUACGCCACCGUCAUUUGGCUACAGACAAGUUUCUCUUGCUGCCCUUGCUUUUCUGAUGUGUGAAGCUGGAAAUCACUUUAUCAACGUAGCAUUAGCUCACCAAAACCAUUCAGGAAACAAAGCCUGUUUUCCAAGUCCAACCUACAACCCCUUCACGUGGCUCUUCUUGCUGGUAUCCUGUCCCAACUAUACUUAUGAGGUUGGGUCUUGGAUUAGUUUCACGGUAAUGACACAAACCCUGCCAGUCGGCAUUUUUGCUUUCCUGAUGGUCAUCCAGAUGUCUCUCUGGGCCCAAAAGAAACACAAGCUGUACCUGAAGAAAUUUUAUCCAGAAGUGCGCAGAAAAGCAGCUAUGAUUCCUAUCGUCUUCUGA